AUGCGGAAAUCAUCAGAAGCAGAGUCACAACAGAACAAGAACGUAAAAACUCUUGGUGGCUCUGAGAAACACAAAGCCAAAACUAGUGAAGUAGAGAUUCAUAACAAUAACAUCAUGACAAAGAAAUCUAACAACAGUGAAGUAGAGGAGAUAACAGUGAACUCACCACCUUGGCCACCAGUAGCGACUCCAUGUCAAACCUACAGAGACAAAGACCGAAGUUUCGGGUCGAGCGAAUUGGUUGAUAAGUGUUUUACAAUGGAAGAGCAAAGAUCUUUCACGGUGGCCUUUGUAUGGUUAUACAAGGAAGGUCUUAUCUACAGAGACAAAGGGAUUGUUAAUUGGGAAUGCAGCCUAAGAUCAGCAAUAUCUAAAAAUAAGUGGCUGCUGUACAAAGGUGCCAAAAAGGAACAUAAGAGGCAAAAAGCUUUGAAGAAAGCACAACUUAAGGUAAGGCCCUAUACCAGAUGUCGCUUCCUGUGCCAGCUUUUGUGUUUACUGAUGACUUGGAUCAACCCCGCGGAGGCCACCAAGUAA